CACUAAAGUACACGUGCAUAAUUAUAGUAUUAUUGUGAAAAAAUGAUUGUUGAGGAUUCUGGACGAUCUAAUGUACACUCUUGUGGACAAAAAAAAUUUUUGUUUUACCAGAUGACACGUGUUGAUUCUUCCCAUCAACCGUUCGAACCAUUAACUCUCAAUCGCAAAUGUUUACUAUCGCGAAUGAACGGACUAAUGGAGCAGUUUUCGUAAGUUUGAAUCCGUUCAAUCGUCAUGCUGACGAGUGGCUGAUAAGCGGAAUAAAGUGUGCGGGAUUUUACAUAUCGCCGCAUAAGCUUAAUUGCUAUCGGCAUUAUCGGAAUGCGCAGAUGAUUGUUCCGCCAAAUAAUAGUGCAAAAUCUCGUUCUUUGAAUGGAAAAUUCUUACGUUUGAAGGUUAUAUAUCGGUAUUGUGGGUAAACGGGACAGACGGAGGGUAAAAAUAGAGGGAAAAAUAGUUACAAACAAGCGUUCUAAGGAUCAAUCGUAAAAUGGCAAAUACUGGAUUGUUGGUGUUAUCUAAUCCGUCCAAAGUUCGAAAAAUAUUGCCAGUCAUUGGCGAUCACGUACUGAAAACUCUUUACGUACAAUAUUUUCCUGAUAAAAAUGGCCUCUUCUCGAAUAAUCAUUCCGGAUCGGCGACGAAAUUCAAUCGUCCCGGUUCUUGUUACGCGCAAACAGUCGCCAACAUAUACGCAGUGGCCUCAGCAUUAAAAACAAGUUCACAACAACAGCAAUGCAGGCGUCAACAACCUCUGGAUGUUCGAGUACUCCUAACCGCAAUAAAAAACUCUUCUAGGUCCGUAAUAGACACAAAGAAGCCUGUUGAAUUGGUCAUAUUUGAUCAAGACUAUGGUAAAAAUGAAGUCGACACUUUUGUGCGUGAUCGUUUAGGGAAUGCGUCUGCAGGAUGCAAAUUUAUGGUCAUGGAAAAUGAUCAAGAUCAGGAAAUUCCAGACUGCGAUUCCUGCUCUCCUGUGCAAGACGGUGUCAAAGUUUACAAAAACGUUGUCCUGGGAGGAACCUUCGAUCGCUUGCACGAGGGACACAAGAUUCUUCUCAGCGAAGCUGUAUUACGAUGCUCGGACAAGCUCACAGUAGGAGUCACCGACACAAAUAUGUUGAAGGGCAAAAUUUUGUGGGAGCUGAUAGAGCCAUGCACCAAAAGGAUUGAGAAUUUGAGAGAUUUUCUGGAAGACGUGGAUCCAUUGACGCGGUAUGAUCUGGUGCCAAUAACAGACAUCUAUGGACCGACUGCUUGGGAUCCGAAUCUAGAGUUUAUGGUCGUCAGCGAAGAGACGAUCAGAGGAGGGAAAAAAGUGAAUGAUCUUCGUGAAAGUAAGGGGCUCAAUCCUUUGGAAAUUCACGUGGUAAAACUAGCAGAGGAUUUGAAUCACGGAGAACACGAGGAGGCGAAAAUAAGCUCGAGCAAUCAAAGAAUGAGGUUGUUGGGCACGAGGCUGAAAGAGCGAACGCGAUUAUCUUCCGAAGAUGGUAGACCAACGAAGCCUUAUAUAAUCGGACUCACCGGCGGUAUUGCCAGUGGCAAAUCCUCGGUCGCUCUCAAGCUCCAAUCUUUGGGAGCUGCUCUCGUCAAUUGCGAUAAAAUCGCUCACGAUCUUUACGAACCUGGUGAACGAUGCUUUGAGCUUGUAGUUGAGAAUUUUGGCAAAUCGAUACUGAAAGAAGACGGGACGAUAAACCGUAAAGCUUUGGGAAAAGUAGUUUUCAGCAACGAGGAACAGCUUAAUAAAUUGAACAAUGCCGUCUGGCCUGCAAUUCUCGACGAAGCGCGGAAACAAAUAGAUCGACAUUAUCACGACGGCUCGCAUGUCAUCGUCAUGGAAGCCGCUGUUCUCAUACAAGCAAAAUGGCAAUUCGUAUGCCACGAAAUAUGGACUUGUAUAAUACCUCUCGAGGAAACCAUCAGACGAGUCAUUGAAAGGGACUCCAUGACCGAGGCAGAAGCACGAUUGAGAAUUCAGGCCCAGCCCAGCAACCUCGAGCAAGUCGAGCAAGCGACCGUCGUUUUUUCAACUAUGUGGAGCCAUUCCGCCACUAUGCAACAAGUGCAAACCGCCUGGAACGAAUUGAACGAUUUCCUCACGGGGCCUCAAACCGAUUCUCCAACAAGCUAGUCAAGAGUCAAUCGCUAGGGGAUUUAUCGAGAGCGAGAGAAAAAAUUCGCCUUUUUUUCUUUUUAUAUUUGUUUUAAUGGUUUCAUAUAAAAACAUAGCAACAGGGGGGGGGGGGCUUUGGAAGAUUCGGCGGUUCCAUUUUCUAUUUCUUUUUCGCAGUUAUUUCAAGGGAAAUAUACCGCCGGUGUCCCUCAUGAUGUUUCUCUCUUCCUGCUCUGUUUUUUCUUGUCUUCUCGUCGUAAGCGUGCUCAGAAAAGCCAGAAAAUCGGUCUUCAGUUUCGCACCGCCUUCGUCCACGUUGCACGCUACUUGUGAAAUUCUUCCAAAAAUCGAUGCUGCAGUUGGAUUCGAGCGGAAAAGAGUUUAUUGAUUUGGCAAAGGAACAUCAGGCGAGAAAGAAUAAAUUCAUGAGGAUUUCAACUCACGCAGAAAAUUUUUAGUGGUUUCGGAGUUUCGAACUUUUUCCAGAUCAUAAUGAAAAACCACGCAACUUUUCGGCUCGAUUUUUGGUUUAGCGACGAAGUAAUCGUACAUUCGUUCAAGAUCGCGUAGAUGAUGCUCGUCGGCGUGCCGCCCGUUUACAAAAAUAACGCCAAUCGCGUCUUUUCGCAUAGCCGCCCAGCAAUUUUCAUACCUAAAAAGAGCAUUUUUUUAAAUCAAAGUAUCGUACUAUUGGUAAUUACGAUUCGUGCGACUGCAAACUCAUAAAUUUUUAAGCAUAUUUUUUUAUUCCUUACUUUCGGUCCCCGCUGCAGUCCCAUAAUUCAACGUCGACUUUGCUCGUGACAUUUUUAACUUUUACUCCAGAAACUUCAAAUUCCAAUAUUCUCACGCCUUUCGUAGGUCUGUACUCGGAUUGCAUAUCCGUUGCGUCGGCUAAGUAAUUCGAAAUCGUUGUUUUGCCGACCUUGUUUUCCCGCAUUGUUGAUAAAUAUUGUUAUCGAUGAUAAAUUAGGUAAAUAAAUAAUAAAGUUGAUAAUUAUUAACAAAAAA